GCCAAGUAGUUUUGGAGCGCAUUCACCGUCAGCUAAUGUGGAAGGAGCGAGCACAUUUCGAUCAACCAGAAAAUACUGUUAUUUUGUGGCGGGUAUACUUUGACAGCUGAGAAACCAAGAGAUACAAUCGCAAUGUAAACUUUGAAAAGUAAGCAAAUAGUAUUUGUCGAAACUACGAACGAACUUUAUCUUGCUUCGACUCGUGCGUAAAACAAAUAGAUACAACUCAACUUUUGUCCGAAGAAGUAUAGCUGUUUACUUAUGGAUAAUGUUAAGUGAAAUUGGACGUCACCAUUGAAAUUCAAUCGUUCAGUUUUCAAUUGCUUUUUAGCUUCCCAGGAGGACUGGUGGACUUGCAUUCUUCAGCACCAUACGGAGAGACAGGGCUACAAGUAACUCACUGUGAAGAGUGGAGAAGAAACUUUGUGAAGUCGCCUUAUCCAGCUGUCGGCGCCUUAUUUGAUUCAUUUUUUAAUUUGUGGAUUAUUGGAGAAAUUAUCAUCAUGGAAAAGUGGGAUAUAAUUCAUUGUAUCAAAAUGGAGAUUUGAAAACGUGGCAUUGUUUGUAUACGGCCGUUGUUCAGUUUAUUUCAGUCUGUGAACUGGAGUAGGCUAAGGACAACGUUUCUUCCUUAGAGAACGGACUGUACGAGUGAUCACAUAUUAUUCUUUUAGCUUCAUAGUUGGGGACAGUUGCAUUAGCAAACAUGCCACAGCUCAAUGGAGGCGGGGGGGAUGAUCUGGGGGCAAAUGAUGAAAUGAUACCUUUCAAAGACGAGGGCGAGCAAGAGGAGAAAAUUUCCGAAAAUGUAUCCUCAGAACGGGAUUUGGAUGAUGUUAAAUCUUCUUUAGUGAACGAAUCGGAAAACAACAGCAGCUCUUCAGACUCGGAGCAAGCAGAGAGGCGUCCACUACCAAGACCAGAUUUAGAAAGUUACGAGAAAACCAGAGAUUACUUCAGCGAAGCAUUAAGAAGACAGCAAGAUGGUGGCUUUUUCAAAAGCCCUCAUUAUCCUGGCUACCCAUUUCUAAUGAUCCCUGAUCUUACCAACCACUACAUUUCCAAUGGCUCCCUGUCGCCGAGUGCGAGAACGUACCUACACAUGAAGUGGCUGGACGUCCCAGGAGCAGCAGGCCUCAAAGAUUCCCGCUCCCCGACCCCUGGACACCUGUCGAACAAGGUCCCUGUGGUGCAGCAUGCCCACCACGUGCACCCGCUGACCCCCCUGAUCACCUACAGCAAUGAACACUUCUCCCCGGGCACCCCUCCCUCACACCUCUCCCCCGAGAUCCUGGACCCCAAGACAGGGAUCCCCCGGACCCCCCACCCGUCGGAGCUGUCUCCCUACUACCCUCUGUCUCCGAGCGCCGUGGGGCAGAUCCCACACCCCCUGGGCUGGCUGGUGCCUCAACAAGGCCAGCCCAUGUACUCUAUCCCUCCAGGGGGUUUCCGUCACCCCUACCCUGCGUUGGCGAUGAACGCCUCCAUGUCCAGCCUGGUGUCCAGUCGUUUCUCCCCCCACAUGGUGCCCCACCACCCCCAUGGCCUGCAUCAGACAGGCAUCCCCCACCCUGCCAUCGUCUCCCCAGCCAUCAAGCAGGAGCCCAACGGAGAUCACAUGAGCCCCUCCAUGCAUUCGAAGUCUCCCGGGCCGGCGAAGAAGGAGGAGGAUAAGAAGCCUCACAUCAAGAAGCCCCUGAACGCCUUCAUGCUGUACAUGAAGGAGAUGAGGGCCAAGGUGGUCGCUGAGUGCACCCUGAAGGAGAGCGCAGCCAUCAACCAGAUCCUGGGAAGACGGUGGCACUCGCUGACGAGAGAGGAUCAAGCCAAAUACUACGAGCUGGCGAGGAAGGAGAGACAACUCCACUCGCAGCUCUAUCCCGGCUGGUCCGCCAGAGACAACUAUGGAAAACGGAAAAAGAGGAAGAGAGAUAAUAAGCCAGACUCAACACCAGAGGUCUCUGACCCUCUCCCCCCUGUGUCUCCCUCAGACUUCUCCAUCAGGAAGAAACAGUGUGUGCAGUACCUGACCUCCGACAAGAUGUGUGACAGCCCUGCCUCGUCUCACGGCAGCAUGCUGGACUCCCCGGCCACGCCCUCCACAGCCCUGGCUUCGCCUGCCGCCCCGGCCGCCACCCACUCGGAGCAGGCCCAGCCCCUGUCCCUCACCACCAAGCCAGAGGGACGCAUGCACCAUCACUUCCCCCUACCGGGCAAACCUCCAGGAUCUUCAUCCUCCUCCUCUUCCUCCUCUUCCUCCUCCUCCUCCUCUCAUCCAAGCAUCUCCAUCCCCAUUGGUUCUUCAGGUGGUCAGUCUAUCCUCACUCGUCCAAUCCCGUUUAGUUCCCUGCAUCAUUCGAUGCUUUCCCCGCCUUCUCCCUUCCACCAGGCUGCACUGCACUCCCACCAUGCCUUGUUCCAGUCACAGCCCCUCUCCUUGGUAACCAAAUCAACUGACUAAGUCUAAGAAAGCAAUUCUCUUCUUUUCCCCCCCUCAUUUAUCGUGCUGUAUAUUGCUUCUACUUAAAAAAAUAGAUAUUAGCAACAACUUUUUUAAUAAUGAAAAGGAAGAAUUAUUAUUGGUCAAUAUUUGAUCACCUCCUUUUCAACACUUGUCAAUGAAACAAAAUGUAUUUUUUUGUAAAGUUUACUGCAGAACUGGUUUCUUUUUUUGAUGCAUUUAUCCAAUGAACUACUUGUAUAAAAGAACCAAUGUAUAAAAGUUUCUUUAAAAAAAAAACUACAAAAAGAAACAAAAACACUAUCUUUUAGCCGGAACUUAAUUAAUGUUAGUAUUGAGUUUAAUUCAUAGUACUGGUCAAAAUGUUCAGGCCUCGCCCCCCCUUCCUUUAAAAUUGUGUGUGACCCUUCCUUUGACAUGUUAAAUAAACCUUUGAGAAUGUUUCUUAAA